AUGCACGUUCGUUUCGCUCUGCUCGCAGCUGCGGCGGGCUCGAUGUUGCUCGUGCAGCUGGCCGAGGCCGGGCCCCGGAAAUACCGGAAGAAACAUCGUCACUUAGAGAGCGACGAAGACGAAGCCAACUCGUUGUCGUGGUUGUCGAUGUUUCAAGCCGAGCAAGCGGUUAUCGAUCCGUGUCAAGACGAGGCCGGUGUCGCUCGGAGGUGUAUACCGGAUUUUGAGAACGCGGCCUUCAAGAGACAAGUCCACGCAUCGUCCACCUGCGGCAAGAUUCCCACGAGACACUGCCAGGUUACCGCCGUCCCGGACUCGAUAGGAUUCGCCGGAGCGACGAACGAGGAACUCGUCCGAACGUGUCAAAUGUGUGACAGAUCAAAUCCAUCGACGAAUCAUCCCGCCUCAUUCCUCACCGAUGUCAACAACCCUUCAAACCUGACCUGUUGGAUGUCCGAAGCUUUCAAUCUGAACAACCGCCAGAACGUUUCGCUGCGACUUUCACUCGGGAAAAAAUACGAGUUGACCUACGUCUCGAUGCAGUUCUGCGGCGCGAAGCCGGACUCGCUGGCGAUCUACAAAAGCAGCGACCACGGCAAGUCAUGGCAAGCGUUCCAAUACUAUUCUACGAGCUGCCAGAAGACAUACGGCAAGCCGUCCCGACAGAAGAUCACGGUCGAGAACGAGCACGAAGCACUCUGCUCGGACCCUAACGGCGACAAAAACAGUAACAGCAAUAAUCGCAUCGCGUUCUCAACUCUCGAUGGCAGACCGUCGGCGUACGAAUUCGAUAACAGUCCACUGCUCCAGGACUGGGUCACGGCGACCGACAUCAAAAUCGAGUUCAAUCGACUGGUGGAUCCUCGUCAAGAGAUCCUCCCGGGCGACUCGAGCAUCGAAGAUGUGAAUGCGAUUCUUGACGACUCGGACGAGUGGAACGUCAACGACACCCAACAGCUCAAUGCCUCGCCGCCCUCGAGCAGUCAGGGCCAAUCCUCAGCCAUCGUCGCACUGUCGUCAUCAUCGCAAGGGAACCAGGAAUUAAAGCAGGCCUACUACUUCUAUUCGAUGGCCGAUCUAGCUGUCGGUGGACGAUGCAAAUGCAACGGACACGCGUCACGUUGUUCGGCCGUCACGUCCGAUCCGAAAGGCUCUCCUCUAGAGCUAGAAUGCGAUUGUAAGCACAACACAGCCGGUCGGGACUGCGAGAAAUGUAAACCAUUCUAUUUCGAUCGUCCCUGGGCCAGAGCUACAAGUCAAUCAGCGAACGAGUGCCGCCCCUGCCAGUGUAAUGGCCACUCGCGAUCCUGUCGUUUCAACAUGGAGCUCUACAAGCUGUCGGGAAUGCGCAGCGGGGGUGUCUGCAUCCGAUGCCGCCAUAAUACAGCUGGACGUCACUGCCACCACUGUCGCGAAGGGUUUUACAGGGAUUCCAAACUGCCCGCAGGUCAUAAGCGCGUCUGCAAAUCGUGCGAUUGCCAUCCAAUCGGAUCGCUGGGCAGGACGUGCAACAUGACCAGUGGUCAAUGCCCCUGUAAAGAUGGUGUCACGGGUCUAACGUGCAACAGAUGUCAGAAAGGAUACCAGCAGUCACGCUCGCCGAUCGCGCCUUGCAUUCGGAUGCAUGAAACAGAUGAUAUUCUGUUGGGUCUUCCUCCGAUUCUCCGGAAAUCAAAUCCGAGUUCUUCAGAGCGAUUUCUCUCAAAAUUUAAUGGCGCUUCCGCAGACGAGAGCUCAACAGAGCAGGAUGAUUACGAAGACGAUGAGGGUCACUACGACGAAGAGUGCGGCAACUGCCGCGAGAGCAUGAACGAGAUUUCGUUCGCGAAAUUCUGCAAAAAACAUUUCGCAAUACGAGCCACGAUUCUUGCCCGAGAGACCUUCAGAGAUUGGAUCCGCUUCUCAAUCGAGGUCAAUGAGGUCUUCAAAGCUGGCUCUGCGAAACCCCGUAAAGGGACCAUAGACAGUCUCUGGGUUCCAAUGGUGGAUCUCCGAUGCCGAUGUCCCAAUAUCAAGCUGAAAGCUACAUAUCUUGUUCUCGGUUCUAAUCAAAUGCACGGUGGAAAAAUGAGCAUGACCGGUGAUCGGAACGGAGCUCUUCUCAACGCAACAGAGGAAAACGUAAAGAAAUUCCGUCGAUAUCAGGGACGAGGCAGACGAUGUUCGAAAAUGACUUGA